AUGUACUUCUCAGCUCGAACCGCAAGUCUCGCCCUGCUGUCCCUGAUGGCGGCGGUUGUGGCGCAGGAGUACAACCUUGUCAAGGAGUACGCCGGCCCGUCGUUCUUCGACGAUUGGUCCUUCUACAACAACGUCGACAAUCUGACACAUGGGAACGCCUUCUUCGUAGGAGACAGUCAGGCGUCGAGCGCCCGGCUCGCCUUCGUCAAUGACGCCGGGAACGCCGUCAUGCGCUACGGCCAGAACCGCAACGCUAUCCGCAUAUCGACCAAGGACCAGUUCACUGUCGGCUCGGUCUGGGUCACGGACAUCCUCCACGUUCCGUUCGGGUGCUCGGUGUGGGGCGCGUUCUGGUCUUCGGCGCCCAUAUGGCCCCUGGGAGGCGAGGCGGUAAAUCAGGACGCGCGGAGCCACAUGGGGCUGCACACGAACCCGACGAGCACGCUCGUGAACUCCACCAAUUGCGACAUCAACGCGAAUGGGAAUCAAGGCUGCAUCGUGACGAACCCCGACCCUGCGUCGUACGGCCAAGCGUUCGCGAACGCCGGCGGAGGGGUGUACGUGACGGAGUUCGCGACUUCGGGGAUCUCGAUCUGGGUCUUUAACCGGACGACUCUCCCGAGUUCGCUCCAGGGAAAUCAGAGUGCGAUAGACACCUCUACGCUCGGCGCCCCGGUCGCGAACUGGCCAGCCGACGGCUGUGAUGUUACGGAGUUUUUCCAGCCCCAAGAGAUCGUCUUCGACAUCACCCUCUGCGGCGACUACGCCGGGGCGGCGAGUAUCUUCCAGCAGACGUGCUCCGGGGUGUGUUAUCAGGAUUUCGUCCUCGGAGAUCCGUCGCACUACGACACCGCCUUCUUCGAGGUCGCGUACCUACGCGUGUACGGACAGCCCGGCGAGCUCACCGUCAUCCAGACCUCGGGCGCGACCGCACGCAUCGCGGCGUCCCGCGGUUCCCAGGCGCUUCUGCUCCUGGUGACGGUGCUCGCGGUGGGGCUGCUCUUGUCCGCAGGCACGCCUUGA